AUGAUGAAUGUUAUUGUUGAAGCAAUGGUUAAGAGUGAUUACAAAAGCAGGUUUUUCUUCACCUCAAAUCAAAAUGAUUCACCAAAAAAUAAAUCUGUUGAGUGGCUGGAUGAAAUUCAGAAAGAAUAUAACCAGACAACUUCAACUCCAAAAGCAAAAACAAAAAUUGACAAAAUAGAUUUACAUAAUGAAUCUAUUAUAGAAAAUAUUAAUUCAUUUAAAGAUAACAUUGAUAAAGAGUUAAAAAUGAAUAAUUUUAAAUUUAAGUGGAACACAUGUAAAAAUGUGAAUAAUGAUAUCAAUGUAAAUGAAAUUAUUCCUUGUAGUUCUUCUUUGCAAGUACCUUUUAAAACAGUUAAAAUUCUUAAAGAUACUGACAUUGCAAGCAAAGAAGAUGAAAAAGCAGUCAAUUCUUCAAAAUCAGAUAUAUCAAGCAGUCCAUCUGUUUCUUCACAGACAUUUAGCAAUUGUAGUAUUGACACUUUUUCUUUUACUCAAGAUUCUGAUAUAUGUGAAUCACCAUUAUCACAGACAGUUAAUAAUUCUCAGAAUUCACUCCAGUCCAGUCCUGAAAAUAGAAACUUUCAAGAUGAAAUAGUUUCUCCAAAAACUGAUACAGUUGAAAUUAGGCCUAGUCCGUUGAAAUCAAUAAACUCAAAAAAUGAUCUAAAUUGCUGAUUAGGCAUGAUCCAGUACAAAUAGACUUGACAAUGGACACUAUUGAAGAGAGUGAAAAUUUAAAAUAAAUCAGCCUUUAAUUUAUAUUUUAAAAUUUGAGAGAUAAAUUGUACAUAAAUAUUUAUAUUCUUUUUAUACUGUGAUUUGUUAAUGGUUUAUUUGAAUAAAUGAAAGAAAUACUUGUUGUAAAAGUUUUAAUUUCGUAAAAAUGCUCAGUUUCAAUAUUCACCAACCCUAAAUCUCAGCACAAUUUAUUAUUAUCAGCACAAAAGCUACAGCAUGUAGAUUUAAUAAAUUAUUCUGGAAUUUAAGGUUGAUGAAAAUUAUUUUUAACCAAAUCCAUUGGAAAGUUCAU